AUGUUGGCCUUGGUGGACUCUGAUGGUCGGAAUUGUCAACUAUAUUAUUCCAAUUCUUCGAGUGGUAAAUUAGCACCAUCAAAACAAUUUUAUUCGUCAUUAAAUCGUCCUCGACGUUGCUAUAAAUGUCAUCAUUCAGAUGUUGAAACAAAAGAAAAUGCAUGUAUUAAAAAAUUUGCAUUAUCAUCAUCAUAUGUUGAAGAAGAAUGCGAUGGAAAAUGUCUAAAAGCGUAUGAAAAAAUUGAAGCACGAACAAAAGAAGAAUUAUUGAAAGAUGAACGUACGCCAACAAUACGAAAAUGUGUAUCACAAACUGAGUUAGAACAUUUGCAAGCAAUGAAAAUUACAAUAAAAUCUGGUUGUCAUACGGCGAGAACAACAAAAACAAAACAUAAAAUCUAUUGUUUUUGUUCAAAUGAUCUAUGUAACAGUGGCAACAACAUUUGGUGGUCACGUUAUCUAGCAGUGUUAUCCACAUUAUUUAUAUUUUUGAUCAUUACACAUUGA